AGAGCUGGAGGCGACGGACCGCGGGGCCUGGCCUCUGCAGCGGAGUCUGCCCGUCGGAGCCCUCAGGGGCUGAGUGGUGGUCGCGUGGUCCCCGCCAGGCAGUGGGCAGAGUGACCCCGAGCAGCUCGGAUCUCACGGGUCCUGCAGGGAGGAGGCCUAGAUCUUGAGCGUUUGCUCCCUGGGCGCCGUGGUUAGCGUCCAGAGCCUGCGUCGCUGCUUUCCGCUGCCCAGAGAUUUGAGGGUCCCCGAAAGCGACUAGGAGCUGUGGGGUGGCUGUGCAGCUCCCCAGAGCAGAGCAGAGCAGCUGGCGAGGCCCAGGUGAGCGGCCUCGCUGGACUUCCCACAGGGCCUGCUGCUGCUGGUGGCUGGCAGUGAAACACCCCUCUCCAAGGAUCCUGUCGGGAGUGUCCCAGUGGACACCGUGCAGGAUUUUCCUGGGCAAACAACGUGCAUCUACUUCUCCCUUUAUUAAUCAUACAGCACAUGCUCAGGUGCUGCCCAGCAGGGACCCGUAGCUUCGCAGAAGAUGGUGCGGAUCUUGGCCAAUGGGGAGAUCGUUCAGGAUGAUGACCCCCGAGUGAGGAGCACUGCCCCGCAGAGGGGGAGCACCCCGAGGCAGGGUUUUCUCAACAGGGGCCAUGGUGCCCCACCUGGGGGCCUUGGUCCCCGUCAGCAGCAGGCAGGAGCCAGACUGGGUGCUGCCCAGUCCCCCUUCAAUGACCUCAACCGGCAGUUGGUGAACAUGGGCUUCCCCCAGUGGCAUCUUGGAAACCAUGCCGUGGAGCCCGUGACCUCCAUCUUGCUCCUCUUCCUCCUCAUGAUGCUUGGAGUUCGUGGCCUCCUGCUGGUGGGCCUCGUGUACCUGGUGUCCCACCUGAGUCAGCGGUGACGUCCGGGGCUGACAGGCAGGCGUAUUGAGAGGGACUUGCCAGGCCUUGGCUUGAGAGUGGGCACGCGGGGAAGGGACCUGGUGGGCUUUGAAGGUGUGAUCAGCCCUGGGUGUGGGUCUCCCCGAUGUUAAGUGUGGCAGAGAGGGAAGGGAGACUCUAGCCCAGUAUCCCAAAGGACGGGGCGGGUACCCUGGUUGUCUGGAGAUGUCUUCAGGUGGUGUCGGGCCUCUAAGAGGAACAAACCCAGAGCAAGAAAAAUUCUCUUUCCAGUUCUCUUUAAUCUGUUUAUGCUGAGAAAAGAAUCAACUUGGUGCCAAUGUGUUGUGAAUCCUGGGAACUCAAGCUGACUCCCCCUUACCAGGGAGCAGAACUGGGGCUUAGGGCAGAUGGGAGAAGUUUCCAGACUUUUAUAGCACCGUUUUGUUUUAAUGGUGUAUUUUUAUUAGCUACCUUUUAUUUAUGACUAGGGGUUCUUGUGUGGGUUCUAUUUAUGGUGACAUUUCAAUAAAUAGAUUUAAGUAAAAAUGA